AUGCCCUGUCGUACUUUGCCAAACAUCCUUAUCACAGGUACGCCAGGCACAGGAAAAACCACUGUUUCUAAAGAAGUAUCUGAACGUAGUUCGUUAAGCUAUAUUAGCAUUAAUGACGUUGCCAAGGAAGGAGAAUUAUAUGAUGGAUACGAUGAAGUUAAUCAGUGCCACAUCUUAGAUGAGGAUAGAAUUAUAGAUGAGUUAGAGGAUGCCAUGUCAUCGGGUGGUCAGAUUGUUGAUUACCAUUCCUGUGACUUCUUUCCUGAACGUUGGUUUGAUGCCGUUUUCGUGUUGAGGACUGACAACACGAUUCUCUAUCCUCGUCUCACUUCGCGUGGUUACUCAGCUGAUAAAGUGUCAGACCUUAUUCAUUGUGAAAUUGUUCAGGUAAUUCUAGAUGAGGCUCGUGAAUCUUAUAACCCGGAAAUUGUACACGAAUUAGUGAAUAAUACUCCUGAAGAUUUGGAAAGAAAUAUUUUAGAAAUUUGUGAAUGGAUUAAACAGGCGUAA